AUGGCGGGCGAUGCUCUGCCAGCUAAACGCAUAGGAGGUACCUUCACACCCACGCUGGAAGAUUUAAAGCCAGAUCUCAUGGGGACGUAUGUUAGUGCUUCCUGCGAGCCGGUGCGCAUCCCGCUGUGCAAGCCGCUGCCCUGGAACAUGACCAAGAUGCCGAACCACCUGCACCACAGCACGCAGGCCAACGCCGUGCUGGCCAUGGAGCAGUUCGAGGGGCUGCUGGGCACCAACUGCAGCCCCGACCUCCUCUUCUUCCUCUGCGCCAUGUACGCGCCCAUCUGCACCAUCGACUUCCAGCAUGAGCCCAUCAAGCCCUGCAAGUCCGUCUGCGAGCGCGCCCGCGCCGGCUGCGAGCCCGUCCUCAUCCGCUACCGCCACCCCUGGCCCGAGAGCAUUUGCUGUUUGGAACUUUCUUUGGAAGAAAAUGGUAUAUGUAUAAAUCCACUAAAUUUAACACUUCUUCACAUAUUUUACGAAUCCGUGCCAGAUUUCCCUAUGGAUUCUAAUAAUGGCAACUGUAGAGGCGCCAGCAUCGAGCGCUGCAAAUGCAAGCCUAUAAAAGCUACCCAGAAGACCUAUCUACGCAACAAUUAUAACUACGUCAUUCGGGCUAAAGUGAAGGAGCUGAAGACUAAAUGUCACGACGUCACUGCGGUGGUGGAAGUAAAGGAGAUCCUAAAAUCUUCGCUGGUGAACAUCCCAAAGGACACUGUAAACCUUCACACGAACUCCGGCUGCCUGUGCCCACCGCUCAGUGCCAACGAAGAGUACAUCAUUAUGGGCUACGAAGACGAGGAGCGCUCCCGGUUACUCUUGGUGGAAGGCUCCAUAGCCGAGAAAUGGAAGGAUCGUCUUGGUAAAAAAGUAAAGCGCUGGGAUCAGAAACUCCGCCACCUCGGGAAGGGGAAGGGAGAGCCCGGACACAGCGACUCGGCUCCAAAGCCUGGCAAACCCAGCAGUGCCCGACAAGCACGUAGUUAGAUGUGGGAUGCCAUACAUUGACAUGCAGUGGACUAUCUACCAAGACUUCGUUGUUGGAGCAGCAAAGGAGAAAUUGCACUAUUGCACGUUAUAUUCUAUUGUUUACUACAAAAUAAUGUUUUAGCUUAUAUUAGUUUUUAUUCUCCCUCUUGUUUUCUGCCUUUUUUUUUUUCAGAUGUGUGCAAGCUCUGGAAAUAUAUAUAUAUUUUUUUUUUCUGUUACUAAGAACUGUAGAGAACUGCUCUUAUGAGAUGGGGAAAGAUAAGGACAUGCUGAAUUCACCAUUUUAUCUCCUGAAUCUUCUU